AAAGCUAGGUACUCUCAGGAUUACAGCUCUGGCUUUUUGCAGAAUUCACAGAUUUCUGUGACAGAAACUAAUUGCCAUGUCCCCAGCAAGCAUAGUGAAUCAGUUUUGGCUGAGGGCUCUCUUCCCAAUUGUCUUACUGAUGGAUGCUCCGAUCCCUCUACAGAAUCGACUUUUCCUGCUGAAGCUUCAGAGCAAUUACAGGCUCGUAGUCCAAUAUCCAGUAUCUGCUACUCUGCACGGCUAGCCUCUUCUGUAUGCUCUUCUGAUCCGUCCAGUCAGUUAGCUGUAUGGGCUAUUGGCCAAACUCCGUGUGAAAUCGAUAUCUGCUCUACGGUCCAGCCCAAUCAUGCUACGAUUUCAAACCAAUCCGAUUUUUUCGAUGACGCUGGCCGUGUCAGUGCAAUUCCGUCUUCAAAAGAGCCUUUAAAUGUAGUUCAAAGUGCUGGUGACUGGCGAUGUCUGAGCGGGAUCUCAGACUUUCCAGACAAAUUCCCUCAGCAACUCGACGUAGAACAGACCGGUAUUGAACCUAGGGUGGAGGUGAAAAUUCCUUGUGAUGAAUAUAAGUCACUCAAACGAGAACCAAAUGGAAAUACUUCACGUCACAUUGCCCGUUCACAUUUUCGUGAAAAAAGCAAAGACCUCAAUAAUUUUCCUGCCCUUUCUUCCCAUAUCCUCUAUCAUUCAGAAUCUUUUGUUAUAUUUCUACGCGUCAUUACCAACCCUGUUUGGUUGGGCGUAACUUGCACUACCGUUGUUGAGCAGUCUAUAGUCUGUGCCUUUCUGACAUUUGCGGCUAAAUAUCUUCAAGAAUUAUUUCGUGUGCCGGCAUAUUUGGCGAGCAUUCAUACAGGUUGGUAG